UGGAUGGCAGAAGGAUUUGUGCAGCCAGUUACACAGAUAACUAUGGAGGAAGUGGGCAAUGGAAAUUUUACUGAACUGCAAUCCAGGUGCUUUUUUCAAGAAUCCUCGCAAAAUAGAUCUCUCUUUGUGAUGCAUGAUCUAGUACAUGACCUGGCACUUAGUGUUUCCAGGAAAACAUGUAUUCAGCUGGAGGACAAUUGGAAAAGCAGAUUGUACCAGAAUUGCGAGAAGGCUCGCUAUUUUUCAUGCAUUCGUAGUAACUAGUAAAUAUGAUGUCUUCAGAAAAUUUGAAAUGCUCAGUGAUAUGAAGCAUCUACGCACGUUCUUACCAUUAGCACCAUUACAAGGAGCUGAAUUUUGCUAUUUAACAAAGAAAGUACUGUCAGAUAUUUUGCCUAAGUUAAGCUGCCUUCGGGUGUUAUCUCUGAGCUAUUAUUGUAUCACUGAGAUUCCGGAAUCCAUUGGAUGUUUGAAGCAUCUUCGCUUCAUCAAUUUUUCAUACACAGAAAUUAAAUGCCUUCCACAGUCGUUCAGUAAUCUUUACAAUCUACAAACCUUGCUCCUACACAAUUGUGACUAUCUCAUUGAGUUGCCUGCUGACAUGGGGAAACUGCUCAAUCUACGCUACCUUGAUGUUAGUGGAAGUGGUAUACGAAAGAUUCCUCUGGGACUAGAUAAAUUGGUGUGCCUCAGGACAUUACCAGAGUUUGUAGUGGGUAGUAAUAUUUCUAGUAUCACGACAUUACCAGAGUUUACAGUGGGUACUAAUAGUUCUGGUAUAUCCGAUCAAGAAGAUAAAGGUUCUGGUAUAGGUGCAUUGAGAAACUUGUUGCACCUUGAGGGUUCACUUUCAAUAUUGAAUUUGGAAAAUGUGGAUGAUGUUUGGGAUGCACACAGAGCUAGCUUGAUAACUAAGAAACACCUUACUGAGUUAUUGCUGCAAUGGAGCAACGGUUUUGAGGACUCGGAGAAGGCUAGAAUGGCAACUGAUGUUCUUGAGUUGUUACGACCCCAUCGAAAUAUAGAGAAGGUUACCAUCAAUGGCUAUAGUGGUACACAACUUCCAACUUGGAUCGGGAAUCAUUCAUUCUAUAAGCUGGUUUCUUUGAGUUUAAGCGAUUGCAGAGGCUGCCGGAUUCUACCAUCACUAGGUCAGCUUCCUUCACUCAAAAAUCUCAUGGUUAAGGGACUUAGUGAGAUAAAAAGCAUCGGUGAUGAGUUUUUUGGCCAUAAUUCAACCACAUUGACCCCUUUUGCAUCGUUAGAGACUCUAACCUUUACAGAAAUGCUGGAAUGGGAAGAUUGGUUGUUUGAUUGUGAUGGAGAUAUGGAAGCAUUCUCUAACCUCUUGGAGCUCCACUUGGAGGAGUGUCCUAAACUGCGAGGCAAAUUACCUGACGUCCUUCCUUGCCUUGUUAAGCUUGUGAUUUAUGAGUGUCAACAAUUGGAUUCUUCUCUUCCGCGACUUCCACAACUUCAUGAGUUGGAGCUAAGGAGAUGUAACAUUAGGUUGAUUAGCAGCCCAUGUGAGGUGACGAAACUCGCUUCUUUGCAACUGUAUAAUAUUUCCAAUGAAUAUCUACCAGAAAGUUUCCUGCAAAACUUGACCACUGUUGAGAGAUUGAUUAUCAGUGAUUGUUGUGAGCUUGUGCAUUUAUCGAGGAACAAGAAUGAAUUGCAGUACUUAACAUCUCUUCGACGGCUGGUAAUCAGGAACUGUGACUUACUUGGGUCCCUUUUUGAGGAAGGGCAGAAGUUGCCUCACGGAUUGGAAUAUGUAGAACUGGAUAGUUGUCAUAAUCUGCUGAAGUUGCCAUCUUUACUUCAUACUUUAGCGUCCCUCGAAGAAGUUCUAAUCACAGAUUGCCCAAGGCUGGAAUCUUUUGCAGGAAAGAUAUUUCCUUCUAACUUAAAAGGCCUUGCCAUUCAAGGAUGCAGUUUGGAGUCUUUACCUGAAUCUAUGAUGAACAGGAUCUCAUCUCUCAAGUACUUGUCCGUCUAUGGGUGUUUAAUGCUAACUUCUUUUCCAAGAGAUAGUGAGUUGCUUCCAACCACAUUUCAGCAGCUGACAAUUGAGAAAUGCCCGAAUCUGGAGUUUCUUCCUGAAGGGAUGAUGCAUAGCAGCAACACAUCUCUUCAAGUACUGGAGAUUUUCGAUUGCUCUUCUAUCUCAUCAUUCCCGGGAGGCCAACUGCCAAAAACUUUGAAAACGCUCACAGUUUGGAACUGCUUCAAUCUCGAGGCAUUACCUGAUAUCAGAACCGAAACAAUGCUUCUUGAAUCUUUAAGGGUUGGGAAUUGUACAAAUCUCAAGCACUUGCCUCAUGGCUUGCACAAGCUGUUGAAUCUUAAUUACUUGGAAGUUGAUGGUUGCCAUGGUAUCGAAUUCUUUCCCCAAGGAGGCCUUCCACAAAACCUUACAAAAGUACUAAUCCUCGACAGUGAGAAUCUGAAGUUCCUUCCGAAGUGGAUGAAGAACCUCACAUCUCUUGAAGAGCUUCAGCUAUCUAAUUGUCCUUCAAUCACAUCUUUUCCGGAGGGCGGUCUUCCCACUAACCUUGUGUCUUUGGAUGUCAAAGAUUGCAAGAAUCUUAUGCCAAUGUCUGAAUGGGGAUUGCACAGGCUUGCCUCUCUUAGAAGGCUGACAAUUCAUGGGAUCAGUUCAAAUCUUUCUACUUUUCCUGAAUGGUUGCUUCCAUCAACUCUAGAAACACUCGAUGUCGUUCAGUUAUCAAAUCUGGAAUCUCUUUCUCCCUGGAUGCAAAAUCUCACUUCACUCGAAAAUCUGAAGGUCAAGGAUUGUCGAAAAGUUCUUUCUUUGCCAAAGGAAGGGGUGCCACCAAUGCUAUCCUAUCUAGAGAUAAGUGGAUGUCCCUUGCUUGAACAAAACUGUGAGUGGUCCAAGAUAGAUCAUAUCCCUUGCAUUGUGAUGUAGGCUUCAAGAUGGAUUGAGUAUGUCCGUUUUGGCCCAAUAGACCUCAUGGAUUUGUCCCUUGGGUUGCACCAUCAUCGGGUCCAAAAGCGCGCGCACCAUGUGAACUUAUGAUGUGCCUUAUAAAGUUCUUCACUUUCCUCUCCCAUUCCGAUGUGAGAUUCGUCUAAGGUAUCAUUUGUCCUUCUUUAGAAGCUUGUCAGCCGAGAAGCCCGCUUGUCCUUCUUUUUGACCCGUCCUCGGCGGCCCGCCAUCCGUCAUGGGCGUUACACAAAUGCAUGUUUAUCUCUUUGAGUCUGAUAUAAACAGUAGUGAUCUUGAUGUGUUAACAAGAGGUAUGACAAUUUUCAUCUGCAUGUACUUUAACAUAUCCUUUAGAAUUAACAUCUUUAUCCAGUUUUUUAGUUUAUAUCUUGCACUUACACAA